AAAAAAUUGCGACAUGGGUUGCUCCGUAUCUGAAUAUUGUUUCAAUAAACCGAACGUCAAAUUUAAACUUUUUUUGCAUGUUUUGUUCUCUAGACGUUGCUGUUCCAGCAAAUAAAAAAUCAACCGAUUCGAAUUGCGUAGCCGGGAAAUAAGGGUUCACAUUUUUCCAAAGACUAGACCCAGUCGAAUCGAAUCGAAUAUGAACCGCGAUUCGACACCACCUUAUACAGUAUAAAAGUUUUAGAGCACAGCUGCGAAUAGAAACAAAAAUCAAAAAUCUGUUAAGGUUCUGAUUGAUGGCAAUGCAUUAAAAAGUGAAAAAGUUACAUCAAUUCUCAGUUAAGUCUGAUAAAUAAAUCAUAUGGUGCCUACUGUAUAAACAAGAUGUCGAGCAACUAAUAUCAACUAAUAAAAGUUUCUAUGACCAACAAAAUUUGAUGCAUAUCUGGUGUAGUUCCACCACUUUUGAUAUGAAAGUGAUCAGUUUGUGGUUCUAAACGAUGUUUAUGCAUAAAUUUUUCACCGUUCUCUUCACCAUUGUCAUUUAUUCAUUCGUCCACUGUUAUUGUUACAACUGCAAGUUAAAAAAAAUUGUUUGUUUUGGUGAUUCCAUAACGGACACAGGUAAUACUUUUAAUAAAAUAACCAAUCGUACAUAUCCGCCAUCGCCACCGUAUUUUAAUGGCACUUAUUCGAACGGGAAAAAUUGGAUUGCACAAUUAAUUUCAAAAAUCAAUUCAGAACGAUAUCGAAAACAACAGAGAGUACAGUUAGAUAAUUAUGCCUAUGGCGGCGCAACAACAGAUAAUAACAUUGUACAUGGUUAUACCAAUGGUAUGCGGCUUGUUCCAAGUGUUAUAGAGCAAAUACAAAUGUACAAAAAUCAAUCAGAAACCGAUGAUUCUCAACAAGUGUUUGUUAUAUGGGCUGGUGCAAACGAUUUCUUGGAAAAUAAUUCGUUAUCCUAUCAGACAAUUGUUGCGAGUUUAAUAAAUUGUGUAAAGUUGCUCUUAUCAUACAAUGCAAAACGUAUUUUAGUGUUUAAUGAACCACCAGCUCAAUACUCUCCCCAAUUUCGAUUAACUGGUUCAGCACAACAACAAUAUAUUGCUAAUUUUGUUAAUGCAGGGAAUCAGCUACUCUCGAAUGAAAUUACAAAAUUAAAGAAUGUCAAUAAUUGUGUUGUAAUAGCAGAUGUUUAUCUAGUUACUAAUGAUAUGAUUAUGAAUCCAGCAAAAUAUGGCUUUGAAAACAACACAACAAAUUGUUUGGACCACGCUUGGGAUACUGGGAUUGCCGAAGUUUGUAUCCGCUUAGAUCUAGCUUUGGUUCAAGUAUUAAGCAUCAUUCCAGAUGUGAGCGGGCGGGAGGAUUUUUUUGUGGUAGCACGAGAGUGAGUUACGACCCAGGUCCAGGUAUUAGAUAACAAGAUCUUGGAAGAUCUCACAAGAUCAUAUACGAUCUUGGGUGAUCAUAUAAUAAGAAAUCAUAAGAUUUCAAAAGAUCUUAUCAAUUCUUAUCAAUUUUCUAUAAGAUCUUACAAGAUUUCAUAUGACAUCUUGUAGCAAGAUUCUUAUAAGAUUUUACAAGAUUUUUCUUAUCAUAGGAAUGUACAAGAUCUUGUAUGAUCUUAUAAGAUCUUACACAAAGAAGG